AUGUUGGAAGGAGCUUGGCAGUUGGAGGACCUAAAAGCCAGUAUGGCUCGGACACGGUGGGCAAGGCGUCACAUGUUAAAUGUUUUUGCAUUAUUAUUGCGAUAUGAUGGGACAAAAGACAGCAGUGAUACCGACAGAGUCCCAGAAAGUACAAAAGUCUCUGAGAUUAAGCAUGAGCUUUGGGGACUUAGAUCAUACAAUACUCCUUGUAGACCGGGUCUAGGGGAGGGUGCCCUCUCAGCAGUGAUGUAUUCAUUUGAAGAAAACAUUCCAGGGGUGAAGCCAAACGAGCUAUACCAAAGGGAGAGUGAAUUGGAAGAGGAGUUAUUUUGUGAAAGCAAGAAGGUGGUGCAUGCCACAGAGGGGCUGGAUUGGGAAGACAAAGAUGCUCCGGGGACAUUGGUCGGAAACGUGGUGCACUCAAGGAUCAUCAAUCCUCUGCGCCUGUUUGUUAAACAGUCUCCAGUCCCAAAGCCUGGACACUUGGCGUAUGCGGACAGCAUGGAAAACUUUUGGGAUUGGCUGGCCAAUGUCACCGAGGUUCAGGAGCCAUUGGCAAGAACUAAACGGAGGCCGAUAGUAAAAACGGGAAAAUUUAAGAAGAUGUUCGGAUGGGGUGAUUUCCAUUCCAACAUUAAAACUGUCAAACUCAACCUCCUCAUCACAGGGAAAAUUGUUGACCACGGAAAUGGAACCUUCAGUGUUUAUUUCCGACAUAAUUCCACAGGCCUGGGCAAUGUUUCAGUGAGUUUGGUACCCCCCUCCAAAGUGGUGGAAUUUGAAGUUUCCCCGCAGUCUACCUUGGAGACCAAGGAGUCCAAAUCUUUCAAUUGUCGCAUUGAAUAUGAAAAAACAGAUCGGGCGAAGAAGACUGCCCUGUGCAACUUUGACCCCUCGAAGAUCUGCUACCAGGAGCAGACUCAGAGCCAUGUGUCUUGGUUGUGCUCCAAACCCUUCAAGGUCAUUUGCAUUUACAUUGCCUUUUACAGUGUUGAUUAUAAACUUGUGCAGAAAGUCUGCCCUGACUACAAUUACCAUAGCGAGACUCCAUACUUAUCUUCCGGCUGAAUUUUUCCACAGUGAUGUA